AUGGACACAGAGACCCAGGCCGCGGGGCUCCGCUCACCCGCCUGCCUCUCCAGCGCCCCCGACCCCCGCCCCGGGGAAAACGCAACUCGGCGGGAGUUCGCCCUGAGGACGCGCCACUCCAGUGCCUGCCGUGAGCUGCGACUGCAGGCUGCGGCCCCGCGCCACGUGAACGAGGACAACGCGCGCUUCUUGCUACUCGCCGCGCUCAUCGUGCUCUACCUGCUGGGCGACGCGGCCGUCUUCUCGGCCCUGGAGCUGGCGCACGAGCGCCAGGCCAAGCAGCGCUGGGAGGAGCGCCUGGCCAACUUCAGCCGCCGCCACAACCUGAGCCGCGACGAGCUGCGCGGCUUCCUCCGCCACUACGAGGAGGCCACCGAGGCCGGCAUCCGCGUGGACCACACCCGCCCGCGCUGGGACUUCACCGGCGCCUUCUACUUCGUGGGCACCGUGGUGUCCACUAUCGGGUUUGGGAUGACGACUCCCGCGACAGUAGGAGGGAAAAUCUUUCUGAUCUUCUACGGCCUCAUUGGGUGUGCAAGCACCAUCUUGUUCUUCAACCUCUUCCUGGAGCGGCUGAUCACCGUCAUCGCCUACAUCAUGAAGUCCUGCCAGCAGCAGCAGCUCCGGAGAGAGGGGGCCCUGCCCCGGGAGAGCCCCAAGAACCUCUGCGGUGCGGUGGGCGGCCUGGCGGGCUGGAAGCCCUCCGUGUACUACGUCAUGCUGAUCCUGUGCCUGGCCUCCCUCCUCAUCUCCUGCUGCGCCUCCGCCAUGUACACCUGCAUCGAGGGCUGGAGCUACUUCGACUCCCUCUACUUCUGCUUCGUGGCGUUCAGCACCAUCGGCUUUGGGGACCUGGUCAGCAGCCAGAACGCCAUGUACGAGAGCCAGGGCCUCUACCGCUUUGCCAACUUCGCCUUCAUCCUCAUGGGCGUCUGCUGCAUCUACUCCUUGUUCAAUGUCAUCUCCAUCCUCAUCAAACAGUCGGUGAACUGGAUCCUGAGGAAAAUGGGCAGCGGGUGCUGCCGGCAGUGCCAGGGUGGCCUCCCGCGGGCACGCAGAAACGUGAUCAUGCCAGGCAGCGACCCCUCAGAAACGGGCGGGGUGAUGGACAGCGAGGUGGGUGGGCGGCGCCCCUCGGAGGAGAUGAUCUCCAUGAAGGACUUCCUGACCGCCAACAAGGUGUCACUGGCCGCCCUGCAGAAGCAGCUGUCUGAGUCGACCAACGGCUGCCGCCUCCAGACGGGCACGCAGCCUCGGGACAGCGAGUUCUCAGGGGGUGUGGGGGCCUUUGCCAUCAUGAACAACAGGCUGGCAGAGACCAGUGGGGACAGGUAGGACCCAGGA